AUGGCGCAGGCAGGAUACAACAACCCCUUGAAGAAAUUCAAGCUGGUGUUUUUGGGCGAGCAGAGCGUGGGGAAGACAUCUCUUAUCACGCGGUUCAUGUACGACUCCUUCGACAACACGUAUCAGGCUACGAUCGGUAUCGAUUUCCUCUCAAAGACUAUGUACCUGGAGGACAGAACAGUACGAUUACAGCUAUGGGAUACCGCAGGCCAGGAACGAUUCAGAAGUUUGAUUCCUUCAUACAUUCGAGAUUCCAGCGUAGCGGUUGUGGUGUAUGAUAUUUCCAACGCAAAGUCCUUCCAGAACACCAAGAAGUGGAUCGACGACGUCCGAGCCGAGCGAGGAAACGACGUGAUCAUUGUUUUGGUUGGCAACAAGACGGAUUUGAAUGAGAAGCGAGAGGUUACGACACAGCAGGGAGAGGAUGAGGCCAAGAAGAACAACUUGAUGUUUGUGGAGACCAGCGCGAAGCUUGGCCACAACGUCAAGAAUCUGUUCAAGAGGAUAGCACAGGCAUUGCCCGGAAUGGAGGGCUCUGAUGCAGCAGCUCAAGCAUCAAGCCAGAUGAUUGAUGUCAAGACCAACAACACGCCUGCCAACCAGGAGGGCUGUGCUUGUUGA